CUAAACUCUGCCUCUUUGUACUUACGCAUCUUGGUGUCAAGGUGACGUGUCAGGGAGUACAUUAAGCUUUUUAUCCCUGUACUUCAAGCCAUAUACGGUGAAGUCACGCCCAGUCGCUUGGAAGGAUUGGUUUUAUUGCAGCUUAUAUAAAAAUUGAACCACACAUUUCUCUCAGCUCAGUGAGCUGCAGAAGGCAGACCCAACAGAGGCGAAAUGGGCAACACUCACACAACUGCUCAAUACCAUGUGCACUUCAGUGAAGAGGACGAUGCCAAGAAGAUCAGAAAGGCGUGCAAAGGAGCAGGAACAGAUGAAAUGGCAAUUAUUAAAGUUCUAGCGAGUCACUCUUCUGAACAGAGGCAGAAAUUAAAAGAGAAGUACAGGAUUCUGUAUGGAAAAGAUCUUGAGAAAGCACUUCAAGAAGACCUCAGUGGGAACGUAUUAAAGACACUAUUGGCUAUGUUAGAUCAGCCCAGCUACUUUGAUGCCAAGUUGCUGAACAAGGCAAUGAAAGGAGCUGGAACAGAUGAAGAUAUCCUCAUCGAACUUCUCUGCACACGAGCUAAUUCACAAAUUAUUGCCACAAAAGAAGCAUACAAACAACUGUUCUCGUCUGAACUGGUUAAUGAUAUUCAAGGUGACACAAAUGGAACUCUACAGAAGUUGCUGAUCUCACUGCUUGAGGCCAACCGUGAGGAGGGAUUUGAGGUAAAUCAAGACCUGGCUGAACAAGAUGCCAAAAAACUAUUUGAGGCUGGAGAAAAUCGUUGGGGCACAGAUGAAGUGGCAUUUACUAAUGUUUUAACCAAGAGGAAUUGUAUGCAGCUGAGAGCUACCUUCAAAGCUUAUGAGACACUCCAUGGCUCAGGCAUCGAGGAGGUGAUCAAAAAGGAAACAUCUGGUGAUAUGGAAAAAGCUUAUCUGACAAUCGUUCAAUGUACCAAGGACUGCCAAGCCUAUUUUGCAGAGGUGCUACAUGGAGCGAUGAAAGGUGUGGGGACAAGUGAGGACAUAUUGAUUCGCAUCCUGGUCUCUCGUUCAGAGAUUGAUCUUCCGUCCAUUAAGGAGAGUUAUCAGAAGAUGUACAAGAAACCUUUGGCUGAUGAAAUCAAGUCUGAGACUUCCGGACAUUUCCAAAAAGUUCUGCUGGCCUUGGUAAAAUAAGAACAGGUGGUCCUAAUCGAAGCAACAUGUUGUUCCAAAUCGUGGUCUAUUUGACAUUCGAAGACUUAUUUUUGCCUCUAGCAUGGGCUCGAACCAGAAUUUAAGGGAGCAAUCUAAUUCCUUCUGUCCUUCAUGGUCUUGUGUGAAGUGAGGCCUGGCCGCCUGGCAACCAUACAUCAAGCAAAUUAGAAAUUAGAAUACAGCAUCACAUGGGUAUUAAACAUAUUCUUUAAGUCUGAGAUUAAGGUUAUUUUUAGAAUUGCAGACCAAACUUU